AUGGAAUCGCGAAAUGUAACGGGCCUCCCAACGGGCAUCGGCGCGACCAUCAUCCCGCGCGAAUCCCUGGCAACGGGCAUCGGCGUGAUUUUCGGGCGUGCGAAUCCGCCGGAUGGCCCGCCGCCUCUGCGGUGCUACGCGUGGCAGCUUCCGCCUCGUCUGGCGCAGCGGGAUGGCGCGGAGCUUCCGCCUGUUCGCAUGCAGGGGCGAAAUGCCGAGCGUGUUGCGCUGGUUCCGCCCGUCCCGCUCGGUCCGCCCGUUCCGUCUGUUCUCACGCGGGGGAAAGGCGCGGAGGCUGCGCGUGAAGGCCCCGAGGCGGAAGGGGUUCUGCGGGGCGAGGCAGCACCGGGUGAACCUGGGGAGGGGGAAGUGGGGACGGGGAGGGAUGCAGCGGAAACAGGGGGAUGCCACGGGGGCGGCGGCAGGAGAGAGUUAUGGGGUGGUGGGAGGGAGGGAGGCGCGCUGGUGGGAGGUGCGGGUGGGGCAGAGGGACGAGAGCUGGGGGGUGGUGGUGGCGGGAUGGGGGAUAGUCGCAUGGGAAAUGGCGGGGUGGGGCUUUGCGGGUCAGAGGGCGGAAGGGGAUGGGCUAGAGGGUCACAUGCAGGGGGGGAAGAGGCGUGGGAGGGGGGAGGGGUGAGGGGAGAACGUAGGGAGUAUGUGGAUCUGGUGGGAGAGGAUGAGGAGGAUGAGGAGGAGGAGAGGGGGAAGUGGGGACAUGAUAAGUUCUACACGUGUGGGGAGUGUGGAAAGGCGUUUGCUACACGGUCGAAGUUUAUUUAUCACGUGGCCACCCACUCAAAGCAGUUUGUGUGUCCACAUGCAAAUUGCCAAAAGGCAUUUUCAUUCAACCACCGGUUAAAGGAGCACAUUCUCACUCACAACCCCAAUACUCCCCGACACCCAUGCCCUCAUCCCCACUGCGCUCGACUUUUUAAGCGUCAACGCGACAUGGUACAGCAUGCAAAGAAGCAGCAUGGGGAGGAAUGGGGGAGUAGGGGCAGGGUAAUUGGUGUGUUUGGCGGGGAGGGGCGGGGUGGGGGCAAGGUAAAGAGGGCGCAUGGGGGGGAGAAGGGGAUGAGGGUGCAUGAAGGAGUGGUGGGGAGGCAUGGAGGCGAGAAGAAGGCCGAUUUUGUCAGCGGGGACGAGGGAAAGAGGAGGGAGGAGCGGGACGAAGAGGGAAAGAGGGGGGAGGAGAGGGAAGAAGAAGGAAAGACGGGGGAGGAGAGGGAAGAAGAGAGGAAGGGGGAGGCGAGGGAAGGAGAGAGGAAGGGGGAGGCGAGGGAUGAGGAGAAAAGAAAGGAGGAGGAGAGGAACACAGGAACACAAUGUUCCCGGGAACACGGGUUAGAGGGCGGAAGGGGAUGGGCUAGAGGGUCACAUGCAGGGGGGGAAGAGGCUCGGGAGGGGGGAGGGGUGUGGGGGGGAGGUAGGGACUAUGUGGAUUUGGUGGGAGAGGAUGAGGAGGAGGAGGAGGAGGAGGAGGAGGAGGAGGAGGAGGAGGAGGAGGAGGAGGAGGAAGAGGAGGACAAGGAGGAGGAGAAGGGGAAGUGGGGACAUGAUAAGUUCUACACGUGUGGGGAGUGUGGAAAGGCGUUUGCUACACUGUCAAGGCCAUUCGCAUUCAGCUACCUGUUAAAGGGGCACCAUCUCACUCACAACUCCGAUGCCUCCCAGCACCCAUGCUCUCAUCCCGGGUGCCCUCGGACCUUCAAGCAUCGGGACGACAUGAAGAAGCAUGCAUGGACGCAGCAUUGCAGCGAGAUGUGGAGUGGAAAGAAGCUUCAGCAUGCAAGGAAUCUGCGUUGGGGGGAGUGGGGGAGUGGGAAGGGGGUAUUUGGUGUGUCCGGUGGGGAGGGGGGGAGUGAGGGCGGGGUAGAGAGUGCGCAUUGGGGGAAGAAGGGGAAGGGGGCGGAUGGGGGAGUGGUGGGGAGGCAUGGAGGCGAGAAGAAGGCCGAUUUUGUCAGUGGGGACGAGGGAAGGAGAGAGGAGAGGGAAAAAGAAGGAAAGAGGGGGGAUGAGAGGGAAGGAAAGAGGAAGCGGGAGGAGAGGGGCGAGGAGGAAAGAAAGGAGGAGAGGAAGGAAGAGGCAAGGAGAGAGGAGGAGAGGAGGGAAGAGGCGAGGAGGGAGGAGGAGAGGAGGGAAGAGGCGAGGAGGGAGGAGGAGAGGAGGGAAGAGGCUUUGAGGCACGAAGGUGAGAAGAAAACCAGUGUUGUGAUGGGGAAAGAGGGAAGGAGAGGGGAGGAGAGAGGAGGAAAGGGGAGAAGUGGGGAAGAGAGGGAUGGCAAGGAGGGAACACCCCUUUCCCUUCCAGGAAAGGGUGGCGUGGCAACGGCAGUGGUGCAGCUGCAAGAGGUGGGCAGCACGGUUGGAGGAGGGAGGGGGGAAGAGGUGGCAGGAGCUCAGUCAUUAUUUGGCUGUACGGGCAGCAUAAGGAGAAUCGUGAUGCCGCUUCAUGGGAAUGGCAGCGUCGGUAGGGAAGGGAGGUGGGCUGUGGAAGGAGCAGCACAAUCCCUUGUUGGGAAUGAGGGUUGUGUGGGGAAGGCAGUGGUGCAGGUGCAAGGGGAGUGCAGCGUUGGUGGAGGAGGAGAAGAGCAGGAAGAAGAGCGAAAAGUGGAGGGAGAGGAGGGAAUAGAGGAGGGAGGGGAGGAGGGAGAGAAGGAGGGAGGGGAGGAGGGAGAGGAGGUGGGAGAACCCUCUCCCCUCCGUCCCAGGGAAGAUGGCAAUGUGGGGAGUGGGGGAGUGAAUGAGUGUGAGGAAGAGGAGGAGGGAGAGGAGGAGGAUGCUAUGGCUGAGCAGGAGGAGCUCACAAGCGUGCAGGAGGGGUGGAAGAGGAGAAGGCAUGCAGGAGGAGGAGUUGAGAGGAAAGGGGCUGGUUGCGAAAAAAGGCACCUGAAAGGCCACCUGAGGGAGCAGAAGAGGCACCUGAGUAGGAAGGUGCAUCGUUUUGUGGGGAGGAGUGGCCGCCAGUUCAAGCUGAGGAAACACCUGAAGGCAACAGAGAAGGAGCACCUGAGGCGGGAAGACAUUCUUCUGAAGGAGGAGGAGGUUCACCUGAGGCAGCAGGAAGCACACUUGAAGCAUCAGGAGGAACACCUGAGGCAGAAAGGGUACCUUCUGCAGCAACAGAAUGAGCAGCAAGAGUUCUACCUGAAACAAAAAGAGCUGCUCCUGAGAGAACAGAAGGAGCAGCAAGAGAUGCACCGGAGGCAGCAAGAGGAGCUUUUAGGGCAGCAGGAAGAGCUCCUGAAGCAGCAGAGCGAGCACCUGAACGAUCAGAAAAACCACCUGAAGCGUAAAAGGCAGCACCUGGAGCUUCAAGUGAGAAACACAAGGGUUAGGAAGGGUCGCUGCUUUAUACGUCCUUGUGGUUUGAGAAGAGAGGUUGGGGUGAGUAAUGCGGAGGGAGGGAGGAUGGUGAAGGAUGGAGAGGGAGGAGGGGGCGUGGUGAAGGUGGAGAGGAUGGAGAGUGCAGUUUUAGAGAAUGGGGCAGGAUUGUCAAUCGGUCUGCUGCUCGCUUGCUAA